AUGAACGUCAUUCAGCGAAUGGUCCAAGAGACCCAAGAUUCUCUUUCCGACGAUGCGCUGCUUCCUCUCAAGUCCUACAAGUACUCCAGUGUCGACAAGUCCCCUAUCUCGAACUACAUCCUCAGACACUACUGGAAUGCCUUCGUUGAGCUUCUCCCCAUGUGGAUGGCACCCAACAUGGUUACCCUGCUCGGGUUCGUGUGGAUUGUGGCCAAUGUCUUUUUGAUCGUGUUCUUUAUGCCUGAUCUUCUGGGACCGGCCCCUUCGUGGCUAUACUUCAGUUUCGCCCUCGGCAUGUGGAUGUACUCUACGCUGGAUAACGUGGAUGGUAAACAGGCUCGGAGAACGGGAACUUCCAGCGGGCUGGGAGAACUAUUUGAUCACGGUAUUGACUCCUUGAACUGUACCCUAGCCAGCUUGUUGGAGACUGCUGCCAUGGGAUUCGGUGCUUCCCAGCUUGGUGCCUACACUGCACUUGUCCCUUGCCUGGCGAUGUACUUCUCCACCUGGGAAACUUUCCACACCCACACCCUGUACCUCGGCUACUUCAAUGGUCCGACUGAGGGUCUGCUCAUUGCCAUCAGCAUCAUGAUUGCUUCCGGUAUUUGGGGUCCGGGCAUCUGGGCGCAGCCGAUCACCGAUUUCAUCAAUAUCCCGCAGAUCUUCGGUACCAACUCCGUGAAGGAUCUCUGGGUGCCGAUCCUUGUUGGUGGCUUCCUCUUGGGCCACCUCCCAGGCUGUGUUAUGAACGUGUAUGAGGCGCGUAAGAAGCAGGGUCUGCCCUUCACUCCUCUGAUCAAGGAGUGGGUGCCUAUGAUUCUGUUCACUUUCUGCAACGUCGCCUGGUUGUUUUCGCCAUACUCGCAUCUUCUGACUGAUAACCACCUUGUCCUUUACUGCUGGGUUAUCUCCUUCGUCUUUGGUCGCAUGACUACCAUGAUCAUCCUGGCUCACCUGCUGCGUCAGCCCUUCCCAUACUGGACCGUACUCCAGGCUCCUCUGAUCGGUGGUGCCAUUCUGGCUAACCUGCCCCGCCUUGGUCUCCCAAUGGUCAGCGCAUGGGUUGAGGUCUGGUACCUCCGAUUGUACCUGGUGUUUGCCUUCGUGAUUUACAUGCACUGGGCCGUCCUGGUUAUCAACCGCAUCACCACUUUCCUCGGCAUCAACUGUCUCACCAUCCGUAAGGAUCGAUCCGUCGCUCGUGACAGAGUGUACCGCGACUUUGGUGAAGCUGGCCUUGGUGCCUCCCGGAAUACUGAAGAUGAUGCCUUCAAGAGCCAUUGA